AUGGCUAAAGAGACUAAGCGUCCUGCAAGGGAUAUACUGAUUGGUUUGGUUGGUUCAAUGUCUAUGAUUACUGUGAUUUAUUGUUUGAUGGCUUUGGCAUUGACCAUGGUGGUAAAGUAUACCCAAAUUGAUAUAAAUGCUGCAUACUCAGUUGCUUUUGAACAAAUUGGCAUGAAAUGGGCUAAGUAUUUGAAAAUGGAGUGUGCAUUUGUGGGCAAGUUUUGUAAUACAUUGUUGGUGAAUUCAAGGAGGCUUAAGAUUAAGAGAAGAGCGGAAAUGAGAAGUCACAGCAAGUUUUACUCCUUUAAAUUCAAGAUUACAUCAGUGCUUUCUCAAGCAAAUCAUAAUCCUUCUUUGCAGGUAGCUACUGAAAAACAAGGAAGUCCAGCUGGUUUUGGUCUUGGAGAAUGGGUUUGGCCUUCUCCUGGGGAUGAAAUCCCAUUUUGGAUGAACAAAUUUCCCUCGACGGAUUUGAGCCCAGAAGUUUCAGCUGACAUAGAGAAGGACUCCAAUCUCUUACACAUUAUUCAUGUUACAGCUGAAAUGGCACCUAUAGCGAAAGUUGGUGGUCUUGGUGAUGUUGUAACUGGAUUGGCCCGUGCAUGUUUAUCAUGUGGCCAUACAGUAGAUGUAAUGCUCCCUUUCUAUGAGUGCAUUCAGAGACAGGAGAUCAAUGAUUUGGAAUUGAUCACGACAUAUUACUCUUAUCAUGAUGGUGAUUGGGUUCCAAUAAAAGCCUAUCGCGGGUUAGUCUCGGGAGUCCCAGUGAUAUUUGUUGAAUCGUCGAAUCAGUUCUUCAAGGGGCAAUAUGUCUAUGGGGGUUCAUACAAUGAGCUGGAGGCAUAUCUAUUUUUAAGUCGUGCUUGCCUAGAAUGGAUGCAGGUGACUGGAGUUCAUCCUGAUAUCAUUCAUGUCCAUGAGUGGCAGACAGGUGCUUUGCCCCUGCUUUACUGGGAUAUGUAUCACGUUCUUUCGCUCAAGAAACCGAGAAUAGUGUUGACAAUCCACAACAUGGAGCAUUAUGGGGAAUGCAGAAAAGAGCAACUCGGUAAAUGUGGUCUUGAUGGAUCUAUAUAUGGAACUGAGGACAAGGCAGUCGAUGAUCGAACAAUUGGCCACAAUCCUGAGAGACUGAGCCUACUGAAGGGUGGAAUUGUGUAUAGCAAUGCUGUAAUUACAGUCUCUCCAACGUAUCUUAAAGAGACACUUUGCUCUGGAUGGCUUGCAAGCACAUUAAUAAGCAAUCGUGACAAGUAUUUCGGAAUUCUAAAUGGGAUUGACACUGUGAUCUGGAACCCUGCUACCGAUGUUUUCUUACCUGCUAAGUUUCACGGAUCCCAUAUUAGAAGGGAAAAUGGUGGGCAUGUAGGUUAUAAAGGUUUGGACACUUUCCCUUGGCAAGCCAAUUUUCUAAGGAGGGUUCUACCCAAGCCUAUGAAAGAACCAUGA